ACGUUUGCUUUACCUUAUGUUGCAGGUUAAAGCUAGAAUGCCCAAAGCAAAACGGCCGUUGACACAUUUGACCUUUGACAAGUUUUCCAAUUUGUUAGAGCGUAUUGUUGCUGAUCCUUUUUCCAAACUGGAAGGAUAUAUAGUUAACGGCAAUCUGGUUGAGACGAAGGACAUUAACUGGCUGAAAUGUUUCCUCGCCACUAGGACAACCAAGAACGGUCUACGGAGCCUCGUAGAAGGAGAUUCGUUUCGCGUUCAUCAAAAGAUUUAUUCUUCAAUAACCAAUGCCCGGAAACUGUCACCUGGAACAUCAUGCAACCUUUGUCUGACGGAGAACCUUCUAUAUUGUCCUACAAAAGGACUGUGCUCACAUUUUCGAAAUUGCAAAUACCAUAACUCUGCACAGAAGCAAUUCCGACCUUGCCCCUCACAGAUAUGCGAUGCCUUUUGGAAAGAAAUAGGCUUUUUUCACAGAUACGGAAAACCAUCUUGGAAAAACACCAAGGCCGAUCAGUGGUGUACAAACCAUUGGCAGGUUGCCAAGUGUUUCAUGCCAUUGGACGGCUACCAGGAUGUAUCCUCGUUUGACGAUACAGACUUCAAUGGGAUCAUAAACUUUAUGAUCAACUGUACAGAGAGCCAACGUAGUCUGUCGUUCAAUAUUGCCAACCAACCUAACGCUUUAUUGGAGGCUCGGAAUAUUGUUCGUAGUAUCCGCCAUUCCCCAGAUCUGAUGGUGACAGAUGAUUACUUAGCGUCCUUCUUUUCAACACUGAACUUGCUUCUGACAGACUCGAAAUAUCUUGCUAGUGACAGCAGUGCCAAGGAAGCUGUUAUCAAACUUAAUCAGCUUGAAAAAGACGCCAAUCGGACACCGGCCGAAUAUGUCCGUGAAUAUCUUCAGGAAGUCAGAGAGACGAAGAAAGUGAUAACACUUGAACUUUUGCAGUUUUGUAAGGCUACCGUUAAAUUCCAUAGCAGUCAUUGAAAUAAGCAAAUGUUGAUAACAUCGAGACCCUGGAAUUUGUCCAAAACGGCACUAAAGACACGUUAAUAGUCAACUAUCUGGAGAUACGGGAAACGGCUGAUGUGAAGCAGGAAUUUGUUCAUAGAGUGAUAAAUUAUUUUUAUAUUGUUAUCAUUAUAUUUUCCACAUUACACAACACAAUUAAUAAUAUAAUCAAUACAUGUGAACAUAGAUAUGGUGCUUGUCAUGCGAUGUUCGUUUAAGAAGUGGGAGUGGUGCUCAAUACCUUUGGAUAUUCUAGAACAAACAGAAAAAAAGUUUUAUACAGUACGAAAAUGUACAUAGAAAUAUAUACUAUACAAGAGGGUGUUGCUUAAAUGUAAUUCUUCUUAAUACAUUCUAUUUUUGCUCGUUGAUUGUUAAUUUGUCAUUCAUAAAUGCAAUUUUAUGUUCGAUUUUUUAUCGUAAACCUACGUAGUUUUUAAAAUCUGUAAAGGUUGGAGUAACUCUCUAAGCUUCAUCAAAUAUAUUAACAACACGAUCAAACCAUUGAGACGACUAAUAAUUAGAGUAUUAAAAAAUUCCGAAAUUUAAUGUCUUAAUGUUAAGAGAUAUGGAUAUAUCUAGUGACAAAAUAGGUUAUUUAGAUUGUUCCACGAACUUCCAUUGUUUUUAUAUAUUCAGAACAUAAUAUGCGCGCUUGCAUUGAUACAGGUAUCUGUUUGUCAGUAUAAGUAUAUAAAUGAAUUUGUACUGGAAAGUUCUUAUUGUAUUAUCAAUAUUAUGGUAAAAAAGUCAUAUUAAUGACAAUACUCAUAUUUUAUUCCACUUAUUUGUCCCGAAACGUGUUGCUAAAAAAUGAUUCCAUUUAACUUUUUUACCUUGGUUUGCAUAAAGGCUUUUUAUUAACAUCAUAUGGAGUUUUUUAUUCUUUUUUUCUAUUACAAAAUUCUGAACAAGUGAGACUUUGUCAUGUUUAACUGCUGAUUCCGCUUUCAUUUUUUAUCUUACUUUAUAUACUUGCCGUAAGCUGGUACUAUUUGAGAAAAUCAGAAUUGCUUAUGGCUAAGACAUGUUUUAUCGCGUCAAAUGUAUAAACCUCUGUUGAUCUGUUAGCUAAAAAAUGAUGCACAAAUUUGGUAUCCUUUUUAUACCAUUGAUCAUAGUAUAUACUUCUUUCAUGUACUUCUAUGUCAGAGUUGUUCCUUAUUAUACAGUCUCUGAGAGGGUUUCCGUGUGCAUGAAAGGUCCCCUCAUCAUUAUUGCUCAUUUUGUUAGAGGAAUGGCUCAGGUGCUAAAAAAGUGAGGGUGAUCGUGUCGCAUCAUUGUCAUAACCGAGAAAUCCAAAAUGGCCGCCAAAUUUUGAAGGAUCAGCGUUCAGUAAUUUACAAACAAAUUUCCUGUACAUGUUACGUUUAUUUAUCAUUUUUCUUAUACAAGAUAGUACAAGGGGAUAACUAAUGAAUCCCACUUAAAGUGGAAAAAAUAUUUUUUUCUUAUUCCCCCCCUUCUUUAUCCAGAAAUCGGCCCUUAAAAUGUAACAAUAGCGCCAAAAGUUAUAAAUUACUUGCAACAUGUAUGCUAAACUAAUGGUUAUUUUUGUUAAUUUGAUAAAAUUAAAUGUUAAGAU